UUUCAAAUAUAUUAUCAUGUGGGAAACGCGAAACGUUUUGGACUUAUUGUUCUUUUGUAUGGGGUUAUGGUAUCCAAAAGAUUCGUGUGAUACCCAGAGAUGCUUAGUUUGACUUUGGCUGCUGGAUGGAACAAGAAACAGGGCCUCUUGUGUUUUGAACUUUUGGUGCUGAUAACGAUAUGCUAUGAUUUCUAUCUGAAAGGAAGAAAAGAGUGCGGUGGCUGAAACAUGAACCGGACAUCGGGCAUUAGACACUAGACAAAGCGCCGAGUAUGACUACAAGUUGUCCUCCGUUUGAGUUCUCAGCCACGUACUACCAUAUCCACGAGGCUGUAGGGUGCGUGAGGCAGAGCAGUUUCUUUGAGGGCAAAGCAGUGCUCAAUCAAGGCCUUGGCUAUGCUGUUAUUCUUGGCUUCGGUGCCUUCUUCGCUAUUUUUACUUCCUUCCUGGUGUGGUUAGAGAAGCGAUAUGUUGGGUCGCACCACACAUCCGAAUGGUUCAACACAGCCGGUAGGAAUGUCAAAACAGGGCUUAUUGCCAGCGUGAUUGUAUCACAGUGGACAUGGGCUGCUACCAUUUUGCAAAGUUCCAAUGUUGCAUGGGAGUAUGGAAUCAGUGGGCCUUUUUGGUAUGCUAGCGGUGCUACCAUCCAGGUACUGUUGUUUGGUGUCAUGGCUAUAGAGAUCAAACGAAAGGCUCCCCAUGCUCAUACUGUCUGCGAAAUUGUAAAGGCUCGCUGGGGAAAAGCUGCUCAUAUUGUCUUCCUUGCUUUCUGCCUUCUGACAAAUAUCAUUGUCACGGCAAUGUUGCUCCUUGGUGGUUCUGCUGUGGUGAAUGCACUUACGGGGGUGAACAUAUAUGCUGCUAGCUUCUUAAUACCACUUGGGGUAAUUGUCUACACAUUAGCAGGAGGACUUAAAGCCACCUUCUUGGCGAGCUAUAUACACUCUGUCUUCGUGCAUGUGGCUUUAGUCAUCUUCGUAUACUUAGUUUAUACAGCCAGCAACAAGCUUGGUAGCCCCAGCAUCGUAUACAACCGUCUGCGGGAAAUAGCCAGCAAGUCAAGAAUAUGUCAUGAGCCGAUUUCCCACGAUGGACAAUCUUGUGGCCCCAUCAGUGGGAACUAUAAAGGGUCUUAUUUAACAAUGCUGAGUUCAGGCGGUCUUGUUUUUGGGAUUAUAAACAUCGUCGGCAAUUUUGGCACUGUUUUCGUUGACAACGGAUACUGGGUGAGUGCCAUUGCUGCUCGACCUUCGUCAACUCAUAGAGGUUAUUUGCUGGGAGGGCUUGUUUGGUUUGCGGUGCCAUUCUCUUUGGCAACAUCAUUGGGUCUUGGAGCUCUUGCCCUUGAUUUACCACUAACAGAGGAUGAGGCAAGCCGUGGACUGGUUCCUCCUGCUACUGCUAUAGCUUUGAUGGGAAAAGGAGGAUCUCUACUUCUCCUUAUGAUGCUAUUUAUGGCUGUGACAUCUGCUGGUUCCUCUGAGCUAAUUGCAGUUUCCUCGUUGUGCACAUAUGAUAUCUACCGUACUUACAUAAAUCCAGAUGCCAGCGGGAAAAAGAUCCUCAGCGUGUCCAGGGCGGUCGUCCUAGGCUUUGGAAGUUUCAUGGGAUUGUUUGCAGUAAUACUAAACAAGGCUGGCGUUUCAUUGGGUUGGAUGUAUCUUGCCAUGGGAGUGCUUAUCGGCUCGGCAGUCCCAAUCGCUUUUAUGCUUCCUGAGAGAAAGCAAAUGCUAUGGGGGGCCAUUCUAGGAACAAUUGUUGGUUGCAUUUUUGGAAUCAUCACUGUUGUCAGUCGCAGCUGUAGAUAUGGCCAAGUAAAUCUUGACACAAGCGGUCGAAAUGCGCCAAUGCUUGCUGGAAACCUCGUCUCUAUACUUACAGGUGGAGCCAUUCAUGCUGUUUGCAGUCUUUUGUGGCCUCACAACUAUAACUGGGACACCACUAGGCAGAUAACAAUGGUUGAAAAGGAAAAGAGUGAUUUGCCAGGAGAAGAGUUCAAAGAGGAAAAACUAAAAAAAGCCAAAUCAUGGAUAAUGAAAUGGGUGUUGUUUUACACUUGUCAUCGUCAUAUUGUGGCCUCUACUUUCUCUUCCGGCAGGGGAGUUCAGCGUAGGGUACUUCACCUUCUGGGCCGUCAUUGCUAUAGCAUGGGGCACCAUUGA